AUGGGCACAAGCCUCGAGGCAUCAGAGUUGCGAAGCUCAAUGCGCCUGGUUCUGCAACUGUUGCUGUCAUUGCAAGCCGCGUCGCUCGCGCCCUACCGCGUCACGUUCGUCAAGCCGGAGAGCGUCGCGGGCGUGCCCUGCAUCCUGGCGCCGCCGUCGCUGGCGAAGUCGUCGCUGGCUUUGCUGCGGCGCGCGGGCUGGCACCCGCCGCGGCACCUCCGGCGCGUCGACGGCGACGGGCGCGCGUACCAGCUCUCGGACGCGGGCGCGCUCGCGCUCGCCGCCAUGCUCGACGACGACGCGGGCGCCGCGGCGGACGGAGGCUCCGCGACGGAGCAACGCGCCGCGGCGGACGGCGGCUCCGCGACGGAGCAACGCGCCGCGGCGAAAGAGCUCGCCGCGCUCGUGCGCGCGGGCCGCCUGCGCUGGGCGCCGCUGCACCAGAUCCACGCGCCGCUCGUCGAGGACGCGCGCCACGCGCCGCCGCACGAGGGCCACUUCGUGCGGCACCUGCCCGAGGGCGAAGCGCCCGCGCCGCGGACGCCGCGCGUCGUGACCUUCGCCGAGCUCUUCGCGGGCAUCGGCGGCUUCCGCGCGGGCCUCGAGGCCGCGGCGGGCGCGCCGCCGGCGCCCGCGGUCGCGUGCGAGAUCCUCGAGUCCGCGCGCCGCAUCUACGCGGCGAAUUUCGGCGCCGAGUCGCUCACGGCCGCGCCGGUGCAGCGCCUCGACCGCCUGCCGGCCUGCGACCUCUUGAUGGCGGGGUUCCCCUGCCAGUCCUACACGGAGCAGGCGGGCAAGCGGCGCCGCGGCUUCCGGGACCCGCGCGGCCAGCUCUUCUGGCACGUGAUCCGCCUCCUGGCGGCGUCGGAAAUGGCCGACCGGCCCGAGGCCCUGCUCCUGGAGAACGUGCGGGGGCUCCGCGAGGCCCGGGGCCUGUGGCCCGGCGAGGCGUCCGGCGGCGAGCCGCCCGCGGGCAGCGCGCUGGAGGCGUGCCUCGCGGCGCUCUCGCGCUGCGGCUACGCCGUCGCGUCGCGGGUCUACGACUCCGCGGGCGCGCUGCCCCAGGCCCGCGAGCGCGUCUACAUCGUCGCCAUCCGCGCGGACCUCGCCGCCGCGCGGCGGUUCCGCUGGCCAGCGCUCGAGCGGCGCGGGCCCCGGAGCAUCCGCGACGUCCUCGAGGACCCGCCCGACGCCGAGCGCCACCGCGUGCCGCGCGCGCUCUAUCGAUCCGUCGUCGACUCGGCCUACCACGCCGCGCGGCCGCGCGCCCGCUUCCCGGACGUCGACGGCCCCGCGAACACGGUCCGCGCGACGUACCGGCGCAGCCCGAAGCUCUUCUCCCAGUUCGUGCCGCUGGCCGGCGGCGACCCGCCCUGGCGCUUCCUCACGCCCCGCGAGGUCGCGCGCCUCCAGGGGUUCCCCGACGACUUCGCCCUCGACGCCGCCGACGAGGCGGACCAGUACGCCGCGAUCGGCAACGCCGAGCGCCUCACGCUCACGGCCGACGGCGUCGUCUACGAUGUGACGGACUUCGACCACCCCGGCGGCCGCGAGCUGCUCCUCGCGCACGCCGGCGAGGACGUGACGCACCUCGUCGCGUCGAACCACCGGCGGCCCGCGAACGCGCUGCGCGCCGCGCGCGUGAAGCGCCGCGGCGCCGGCGGCUCCUACUUCGACCGCGGCGCCGACCUCUACGACGCGCUCAAAAGGGAGGUCCGCGCGGCCGUCGGCGACCCGCCGGCCACCGUCGCCGCCGCCGCGCUCUGGCCCUACGCGGCGCGCGUCGCCUGCGUCGUCGCCUGCCAACGCGGAUGCGCGCCGGCGCUCUUCGCGAUCCUCUACGGCCUGCUCCUCGGCCGGAGCGUCUGGACCAGCGUCGAGCGACAGGAGUGUUUUUUCGCGUGA